AAUCUCAUUUUAUUUAUCAUGUUUUGCAAUGUUAUGUUCCCCCUCCAACACUCCAUGUGCAUCCUAUUUUCCACUGCUUUUUUUUUCGAAGAAAAGAAUCUAUCUUUUAUAUAGAGAGAGGGUUAUUGAUCUAAUCAUGCAAUUGAAACCCGCAAUCCAGCCACCAUGAGCAACAGUCCUGCACCUUGCAGCCGAUCCUGGUCUAUCAGUGAGGACUCUCUGAGAAGGUAUGUGCAAUUUGCGAGUGAAAGCUGCAUACAAGAGUUAUUGGCAGCUUCAGACACAAAUAAAGGAAAUAGCAACGAUGGAUGGAAGGUGCUCACUCUUGACAAUGGUGUGGAGAUAUCAAAACGCAGGUCAGGAUCACUCCACACUUUUCGCAGCCGUUGGAUUCUUAGAUCUGUGUCUCCACAACAGUUCAUAACCGUGGCCAAUGCUAUUGAUGCUGCAAAGCAAUGGGACUCUGAUCUGGUAGAAGCAAGGUACAUAAAGGAUCUUGAAGACAACCUCAGCAUAAUUCGUCUUAGGUUUGGAGACAACUCCAAGCCUCUCUUCAGGAACAGGGAAUUCAUUGUCUACGAGCGCCGUGAAACCAUGGAAGAUGGCACCUUGGUGGUAGCAGUUGCUUCACUGCCAAAGGAAAUAGCAGCAGGGUUACAUCCAAAGCAAAGUAAUGCAAUCAGAGGACUGUUGCUACAAUCAGGGUGGGUAGUAGAGAAGCUUGAAGAUGAUUCAUGUGUCGUCACUUACGUUGUUCAGUUGGAUCCUGCAGGAUGGCUGCCCAAGUGCUUUGUCAAUCGAUUCAACACAAAACUGGUUAUGAUCAUUGAAAAUCUUCAAAAAUUAGCCCAAGCGUGUCCCAGUGAAGGUGAAAUCUGAUUACUUUGUAAAGGUGGAAAGAAAGAGAGUGUAACCAAGUAUAGUAUUAAUGCUCAUCAUUGAUAUUUACUUACUAGUAUUAUUUACAGAUAAAUAUAAUUAAUUUCAGCAUUUAAUAUAGAGAUUUAAGUUUGCAUUUAACAUAUUA